CAAGAGGGAGGGAGUGGGGGAAAAGGCAGUGAUCCGCCGCAGUUCUCGGCCGCAACUCCUAAACCCGGGCGGCUUGCUGCCUGGACAUGUCCUGACAAACUUGGCUUCUCCUCGGCCCUAUUCCGUAGCCCUCGCUCACUCUCAUUUCGCCUCCUCUUAGUGCUCAACUUUCCACCCAGGACGGGAGCCUCCGGAGAUGUGGCCACCUGGGUCCCGGCAGCGCGGGCGGAUCGCACUCUCGUUAGGGACAUGCUGAAGAUCGGAGGGAGGCAAAGUUGGUACUUCAGAUACGGCUUUUAACAAAUACCCAAAUUGCGUGGGGAUUACGGAGCUGCCGAGGACUUUAAAGCCAGCACCCAAGGACUCGAGCGGCUGGACUGGUUCCUGAGGGAUAAGCGAUGGGGAGACCCCUGGUCUUGCUUCCGCUUCUUCUCCUCCUCCUCCAGCAUUUUGACGAUGGUGACGGAAGCCAAACACUUGCCCAGAUGCCUCUCCAGUUUACACAUUUCCAGUACAAUGUCACGGUGCACGAGAACUCUGCAGCGAAAACCUAUGUGGGGCAUCCUGUGAAGAUGGGUAUUUACCUUACAGAUCCAUCUUGGGAGCUACGGUACAAAAUUGUCUCCGGAGACAACGAAAACCUUUUCAAAGCUGAAGAGUACAUUCUUGGGGACUUUUGCUUCUUAAGAAUAAGGACCAAAGGAGGAAAUACAGCUAUUUUGAAUAGAGAAGUGAAAGACCAUUACACCCUGAUAGUCAAAGCCAUUGAAAAAAAUACUAACGCUGAAGCCCGAGCAAAGGUCAGGGUACAAGUGCUGGAUACAAAUGACUUGAGACCUCUCUUCUCACCCACCUCCUACAGUGUUUCCUUGCCUGAAAACACAGCUAUAAGGACCAGCAUUGCAAGAGUCAGUGCCACGGAUGCAGACAUAGGAACCAAUGGAGAGUUUUACUACAGUUUCAAAGACCGAACAGACAUGUUUGCAAUUCACCCAACCAGCGGUGUGGUAGUUUUAACUGGUAGACUCGAUUAUGCAGAGACCAGGCUUUAUGAAAUGGAGAUUCUUGCUGUGGACCGUGGGAUGAAACUGUACGGAAGCAGUGGUAUCAGCAGCAUGGCCAAGCUGACCGUCCACGUGGAGCAGGCCAACGGGUGUGCUCCUGUCAUAACUGCGGUGACGCUGUCCCCGUCAGAGCUGGACAAGGACCCAACGUAUGCCAUCGUAACCGUGGAGGACUGCGAUCAGGGUCCCAACGGGGAAAUAGCUUCCUUAAGCAUUGUGGCCGGCGACCUCCUUCAACAGUUUAGAACAGUGAGGUCCUCCCCGGGGAGCAAAGAAUAUAAAGUCAAAGCAGUGGGUGCCAUCGACUGGGACAGUCAUCCUUUUGGCUAUAAUCUGACACUGCAGGCUAAAGAUAAAGGGACUCCUCCCCAGUUCUCUUCCGUAAAAGUCAUUCGUGUUACUUCUCCUCAGUUCAAAGCCGGCCCGGUCAAGUUUGAAAAAGAUGUUUAUAGAGCGGAGAUCAGUGAAUUUGCUCCUUCCAAUACACCUGUGGUCAUGGUGAAAGUCACUCCUUGUUACUCUCAUUUGAGGUAUGUUUUUAAAAGUACACCCGGAAAAGCUAAAUUCAGUUUAAAUCCCAACACUGGUCUCAUUUCCAUUUUAGAACCAAUUAAAAGACAGCAGGCAUCCCAUUUUGAACUCGAGGUAACAACAAGUGAUAGAAGAGCCUCCACCAGAGUCUUGGUUAAAGUCUUAAGUGCGAAUAGCAAUCCCCCUGAAUUUACCCAGACUGCUUACAAAGCCUCUUUUGAUGAGAAUGUGCCCAUUGGGACGAUGGUCUUGAGCGUGAGUGCGGUAGACCCUGACGAGGGUGAGAACGGGUAUGUGACCUACAGCAUUGCAAACUUAAAUCACGUGCCGUUUGUCAUUAACCAUUUCACUGGUGCUGUGAGCACUUCAGAAGACUUGGACUACGAACUGAUGCCUCGAAUUUAUACUCUGAGGAUCCGAGCAUCAGACUGGGGCUUGCCGUACCGCCGGGAAGUUGAAGUCCUUGCCACGGUGACUCUGAAUAACUUGAAUGACAACACACCCUUGUUUGAGAAAAUCAACUGUGAGGGGACGAUUCCCAGGGAUCUAGGUGUCGGGGAGCAGAUAACCACAGUCUCCGCCAUCGAUGCCGAUGAACUUCAGUUGGUCCAAUACCAGAUUGAAGCUGGAAAUGAUCUAGAUCUGUUUAGCUUAAACCCCAACUCUGGGGUGUUGUCCCUGAAGCAGUCGCUCCUGGAUGGCGUGGGGACCAGGGUGUCCUUUCAGAGCCUGAGAAUCACAGCUACCGAUGGAGAAAAUUUCGCCGCCCCGUUAUACAUCAACCUAACCGUGGCUGCCAGGCGCAAGCCAGUGCACUUGCAGUGUGAAGAGACCGGCGUUGCCAAAAUGCUGGCGGAGAAGCUCCUGCAGGCAAAUAAGUUACACAGUCAGGGAGAGGCCGAGGAUAUUUUCUUCGAUUCCCACUCUGUCAACGCGCAUGCGCCUCAGUUCAGAAGCACCCUUCCAACUGGCAUUGAAGUAAAAGAAAACCAUCGGGUGGGUUCCAACGUAAUUUUCAUGAAUGCUACUGACCUUGACACUGGCUUCAAUGGAAAACUGGUCUAUGCUAUUUCUGGAGGAAAUGAGGACAGUUGCUUCAUUAUCGACAUGGAAACUGGAGUGCUAAAAAUUUUAUCACCACUUGACCGUGAAACAACAGAUAAGUACACCCUGAACAUUACAGUCUCUGACCUUGGUAUACCACAGAAGGCUGCUUGGCGUCUCCUAGACAUCCGAGUUCUGGAUGCCAAUGAUAAUCCCCCAGAGUUUUUGCAGGAGAGCUAUUUUGUUGAAGUGAGCGAGGACAAGGAGCUGAAUAGUGAAAUCAUCCAGGUUGAAGCCACAGAUAAAGAUUUAGGGCCCAAUGGACAUGUGAUCUACUCUAUUCUGACAGACACAGAUAAAUUUUCCAUUGACAGCAUGACGGGAGUUGUUAAAAUCGUGUACCCGUUGGAUCGAGAAGUACAGCAUGUGCAUUACUUAAAGAUUGAGGCCAGGGAUCAAGCCCGAGAAGAGCCCCAGUUGUUUUCCACUGUGCUUUUGAAGGUAUCCUUAGAGGAUGUUAAUGACAACCCACCUAGAUUCAUCCCCCCUAAUUACCGUGUGAAAGUUCGAGAGGACCUUCCGGAAGGAACCAUAAUCAUGUGGUUGGAGGCCUAUGAUCCUGACUUGGGCCAGUCUAGCCAAGUGAGAUACAGUCUUCUGGACCAUGGAGAAGGACACUUUGAUGUGGAUAAACUCAGCGGAGCGGUCAGAAUUGUACACCAUUUGGACUUUGAGAAGAAGCAAGUCUAUAAUCUCACCAUGAGGGCCAAAGACAAAGGGAAGCCAGUUUCUCUGUCUUCCACUUGCUAUGUUGAAGUGGAGGUCAUUGAUGUGAACGAGAACUUACACCCACCAGUGUUUUCCAGCUUCGUGGAGAAGGGUGUCGUGAAAGAAGAUGUCCCUAUUGGUUCCUCCAUAUUGACAGUAUCUGCUCAUGAUGAGGACACAGGACGAGAUGGGGAGAUCCGCUAUUCCAUUAGAGAUGGUUCUGGUGUUGGUGUUUUCAAAAUAGAUGAAGAAACAGGUGUCAUAGAGACUUCAGAGCGACUGGACCGGGAGUCCACCUCCCACUACUGGCUCACUGUCUAUGCCGCGGAUCGGGGUGUCGUGCCUCUCUCAUCGUUUAUCGAGAUCUACAUAGAGGUUGAGGAUGUCAAUGACAACGCACCACAGACGUCAGAGCCUGUUUAUUAUCCAGAAGUAAUAGAAAAUUCUCCCAAGGAUGUAUCUGUGGUUCAAAUAGAGGCAUUUGAUCCAGAUUCUAGCUCUAAUGACAAGCUGAUGUACAAAAUUACAAGUGGAAAUCCACAAGGGUUUUUUUCAAUACAUCCUAAAACAGGUCUUAUCACAACGACAUCAAGGAAACUAGACCGAGAGCAGCAAGAUGAACAUAUAUUAGAAGUUACUGUGACUGACAACGGUACUCCCCCCAAAUCCACCAUUGCAAGAGUGAUUGUGAAAAUCCUUGAUGAAAAUGACAACAAACCUCAGUUCCUGCAGAAGUUCUACAAAAUCAGGCUCCCAGAGCGGGAAAGACCAGAGCGGGAAAGAAACGCCAAGCGGGAGCCCAUCUAUCGUGUUAUAGCGACAGACAAAGAUGAAGGUCCCAAUGCGGAAAUCUCUUACAGCAUUGAGGAUGGAAACGAACAUGGCAAAUUUUUUAUUGAGCCCAAAACCGGAGUGGUUUCAUCCAAGAAGUUUUCUGGAGCUGGAGAAUAUGAUAUUCUUUCAAUUAAGGCAGUUGAUAAUGGUCGCCCCCAAAAGUCGUCAACCACUCGACUCCAUAUUGAAUGGAUCUCCAAACCAAAGCCAUCAGUGGAGCCAAUUUCAUUUGAAGAACCAUUUUUUUCCUUCACUGUCAUGGAAAGCGAUCCAGUGGCUCACAUGAUUGGCGUGAUCUCUGUGGAGCCUCCUGGCACGCCUCUUUGGUUUGACAUCAUUGGUGGCAACUAUGACAGCCACUUUGAUGUGGACAAGGGCACUGGGACCAUCAUUGUUGCCAAACCUCUUGAUGCGGAACAGAAAUCAAGCUAUAACCUCACAGUUGAAGCUACAGACGGAACCACCGCUGUCCUCACACAGGUACUUAUCAAAGUAAUAGAUACAAAUGACCACCGUCCUCAGUUUUCUACAUCAAAGUAUGAAGUUGUUAUUCCUGAAGACACAGUGCCAGAAACAGAAAUUUUGCAAAUCAGUGCAAUGGAUAAGGAUGAGAAAAACAAGCUGAUCUAUACUCUGCAGAGCAGCAUUGAUCCACUGAGUCUCAAGAAAUUUCGUCUUGACCCUGCAACGGGCUCUCUCUCAACUUCUGAAACACUUGAUCAUGAAGCCAUCCACCAGCACGUUCUUACAGUCAUGGUGCGGGAUCAAGAUGUCCCUGUAAAGCGAAACUUUGCACGGAUUGUUGUUAAUGUCAGCGACACAAACGACCACGCCCCCUGGUUCACGAGUUCCUCCUAUGAAGGGCGGGUUUAUGAAUCAGCGGCUGUUGGCUCAGUUGUGUUGCAGGUUACAGCUCUCGACAAGGACAAAGGGAAGAAUGCUGAAGUGUUGUAUUCGAUCGAAUCAGGAAAUAUUGGAAAUUCUUUCACAAUUGAUCCCAUCUUGGGCUCUAUAAAAACCGCCAAAGAGUUAGAUCGAAACAACCAAGUGGAAUAUGACUUAAUGGUAAAAGCUACAGAUCAAGGCAAUCCACCUAUGAGUGAAAUAACUUCUGUGCAUAUCUUUGUCACAAUUGCGGACAAUGCCUCUCCUAAGUUUACAUCAAAAGAAUACUCUGUGGAAAUCAGUGAAACUGUCAGCAUUGGGAGUUUCGUCGGGAUGGUCACAGCCCACAGUCAGUCAUCGGUGGUGUAUGAAAUAAAAGAUGGAAAUGUAGCCGAUGCUUUUGAUAUUAAUCCACAUUCUGGAAGUAUCAUCACUCAGAAAGCCCUGGAUUUUGAAACUUUGCCCAUUUACACAUUGAUCAUCCAAGGAACUAACAUGGCUGGUUUGUCUACUAACACAACUGUUCGGGUGCACCUGCAAGAUGAAAAUGACAACUUGCCCAUCUUUAUGCAGGCAGAGUAUACGGGACUCAUUAGCGAAUCAGCUUCAAUCAACAGUGUGGUGCUAACUGACAAGAACAUCCCGUUAGUGAUUCGAGCAACCGAUGCUGAUAAAGAAUCCAAUGCUUUGCUUGUUUAUCACAUUGUUGAACCGUCUGUACACAAAUACUUUGCUAUUGAUUCUAGCACCGGUGCUAUUCAUACCGUGCUGAGUUUGGACUAUGAAGAAACAAGUACUUUCCACUUUACCGUACAAGUGCACGACAUGGGUACACCGCGUUUAUUUGCUGCGUAUGCAGCUAACGUGACCAUCCGUGUAAUCGACAUUAAUGAUUGCCCUCCUGUGUUCUCCAAAUCACUAUAUGAAGCAUCUGUCUUGCUGCCAACAUACAGAGGAGUCAGAGUCAUCACAGUAAAUGCCACAGAUGCCGAUUCGAGUGCGUUCUCACAGUUGAUGUACUCCAUCACCGAAGGCAACAUUGGGGAGAAGUUUUCUAUGGACCACCAGACAGGGACUAUAACUGUACAGAACACAACUCAGUUAAGGAGCCGGUACGAGUUAACCGUGAGAGCUUCUGAUGGCAGAUUUGUAAGCUUUACCUCUGUGAAAAUUAACGUGAAAGAAAGCAAAGAAAGCCAGCUAAAGUUUACCCAGGAUUUCUACUCCGCAGUAGUGAAAGAGAAUUCCACUGAAGCCAGAACGUUAGCUGUCAUUACUGCCAUUGGGAACCCAAUCAAUGAGCCCUUGUUUUAUCAGAUCCUCAACCCAGACCGCAGAUUCAAGAUAAGCCGGACUUCAGGUGUGCUGUCAACCACGGGCAUACCAUUCGAUCGCGAGCAACAGGAGGCAUUUGAUGUGGUGGUAGAAGUGACCCAAGAACAGAAGCCUUCGGCAGUGGCCCACGUUGUCGUCAAGGUCACCAUAGAAGAUCAGAACGACAAUGCACCAGUGUUUGUGAACCUCCCUUACUAUGCCGUUGUCAAAGUGGACACCGUGGUGGGCCAUGUGAUUCGCUACGUUACCGCCGUGGACCGAGACAGUGGCAGAAAUGGGGAGGUGAAUUACUACCUGAAGGAGCACCAUGAACAUUUUCAGAUUGGAGCCUCAGGCGAAAUUUCACUGAAAAAGCAAUUUGAACCUGACACUUUAAAUAAAGAAUACCUCAUCACAGUGGUCGCAAAAGAUGGAGGGAACCCAGCCUUUUCCGCUGAAGUGAUCGUGCCCAUCACUGUUAUGAAUAAAGCCAUGCCUGUGUUUGAGAAACCCUUUUACAGCGCCGAGGUGCCGGAGAACAUUCAGCUGCACAGUCCAGUCGUCCACGUACAAGCCAACAGUCCGGAAGGCUUGAAAGUGUUCUACAGCAUCGCCGAUGGAGAUCCCUUCAGCCAGUUUACCAUUAAUUUCAACACCGGGGUCCUAAAUGUUGUAGCUCCUCUGGACUUUGAGUCACACCCAGCGUAUAAGCUGAGCAUCCGAGCGACUGACUCCCUGACCGGCGCCCAUGCGGAGGUGUUUGUCGACAUCAUCGUGGAAGACGUCAAUGAUAAUGCUCCUGUCUUUAGUCAGCAGGCUUACGCCACAGCACUGUCGGAGGCAUCCGUCAUCGGCACGUCUGUCGUUCAAGUCAGAGCGACCGAUUCAGAUUCCGAACCCAACAGAGGAAUUUCCUACCACAUGUUUGGGAAUCACAGCAGAAGCCAUGAUCAUUUCCACAUCGACAGCAGCACUGGCCUCAUUUCGCUCGUUAGGACUUUGGAUUAUGAGCAGUUCCAGCAGCACAGGAUUUUUGUGAGGGCUGUGGAUAGUGGCAUGCCCCCCCUGAGCAGUGAUGUGAUCGUCACCGUGGAGGUCACAGACCUCAACGAUAAUCCACCGCUGUUUGACCAGCAGGUUUAUGAAGCCAGAAUUAGCGAGCAUGCCAGCCAUGGGCAUUUCGUGGCCUGUGUCAAAGCCUAUGAUGCAGACAGUUCAGACGUAGACAAGUUGGACUAUUCCAUUCUGUCUGGCAACGACCAGAAGAAUUUUGUCAUGGACAGUGAGACGGGGAUCAUCACACUCUCAAACCUGCGCCGGCACACCUUGAAGCCGUCUUACAGUCUUAACGUUUCUGUUUCCGAUGGAGUUUUUAGGGGUUCAGCUCAGGUUCACGUAACUGUAAUUGGAGGCAAUCUGCACAGCCCUGUUUUCCUUCAGAGCGAAUAUGAAGUGGAGUUAGCUGAAAAUGCUCCCUUACACACCCUGGUGAUUGAGGUCAAAGCAACUGAUGGGGAUUCUGGUAUUUACGGUCACAUUACUUACCAUAUUGUCAAUGACUUUGCCAAAGACAGAUUUUACACAAAUGAGAGAGGACAGAUAUUUACUCUGGAGAAACUCGAUCGAGAAACCCCAGCGGAGAAAGUGAUCUCGGUUCGUUUAAUGGCUAAGGAUGCUGGAGGAAAGGUUGCCUUCUGCACCAUUAACGUCAUCCUUACAGAUGACAAUGACAAUGCACCCCAGUUUCGAGCAACCAGGUAUGAAGUGGACAUUGGCUCCAGUGCUCCCAAAGGGACAUCAGUCAUUAAAGUUCUUGCAAGUGAUGCUGAUGAGGGAUCCAAUGCUGAUGUCACCUAUGCCAUCGAAGCAGAUUCUGAAAGUGUCAAAGAGAAUUUGGAAAUUAACAAACUGUCUGGUGUAAUAACUACAAAAGAAAGCUUAAUUGGCUUGGAAAAUGAGUUCUUCACUUUCUUUGUGAGAGCUGUGGAUAGUGGGUCUCCAUCCAGAGAAUCUGUUGUCCCUGUCUAUGUGAAAAUACUUCCACCAGAAAUACAACUUCCAAAAUUUUCAGAGCCAUUUUAUACCUACACGGUUUCAGAAGACAUGCCUAUUGGGACAGAGAUUGAUCUCAUCCGAGCAGAACAUAGUGGGACCAUUCUUUACAGCCUAAUCAAAGGGAAUACUCCCGAAAGUAACAGGGAUGAGUUCUUUGUGAUCGACAGGCAGAGUGGCAGACUGAAACUGGAGAAGAGUCUUGAUCAUGAGACAACUAAGUGGUACCAGUUUUCUGUACUUGCCAAGUGCACUCAUGAGGACUACGAAGUGGUGGCUUCUGUGGAUGUCAGCAUCCAAGUGAAAGAUGCCAAUGAUAACAGCCCUGUGUUAGAGUCGAACCCGUAUGAGGCAUUUAUUGUUGAAAACCUGCCAGGGGGAAGUAGAGUCAUCCAGAUCCGGGCAUCCGAUCUCGAUUCGGGAACCAACGGCCAAGUCAUGUACAGUCUAGAUCAGUCACAAAGUGUGGAAGUCAUCGAAUCUUUUGCCAUUAAUGUGGACACAGGCUGGAUUACAACCCUGAAGGAACUUGACCAUGAGAAGAGAGGCAAUUACCAGAUUCAAGUGGUUGCCUCAGAUCACGGUGAGAAGGUUCAGAUGUCCUCCACAGCCAUUGUGGAUGUUACAGUCACUGACGUCAAUGACAGCCCCCCAAGGUUCACGGCAGAGAUUUAUAAGGGGACUGUGAGUGAAGAUGAUCCCCCAGGUGGUGUCAUUGCCAUCUUAAGUACCACGGAUGCUGAUUCUGAGGAGAUUAACAGACAAGUUACAUAUUACAUCACAGGAGGAGAUCCUUUGGGACAGUUUGCUAUUGAAAACAUACAGAAUGAAUGGAAGGUCUAUGUGAAGAAACCUCUAGACAGGGAAAAAAGGGACAAUUAUCUUCUGACCAUCACAGCAACUGAUGGGACCUUCUCAUCCAAAGCCAUAGUUGAAGUGAAAGUUCUUGAUGCAAAUGACAACAGUCCAGUUUGUGAAAAGACUUUAUACUUGGACACGAUUCCGGAAGACGCCUUUCCUGGGAAGCUGAUCCUGCAGGUGUCUGCUACAGAUGCAGACAUCCGCUCCAACGCCGAAAUGACUUACACAUUGUUUGGUCCAGGCGCAGAAAAAUUCAAACUAAAUCCAGACACAGGUGAACUGAAAACAUUAGCCCCUCUUGAUCGUGAGGAGCAAGCAAUUUAUAACCUCCUGGUCAAGGCCACAGACGGAGGGGGCCGAUUCUGUCAGGCUAAUCUUGUGCUCACAUUAGAAGACGUGAACGAUAAUGCCCCCGAGUUCUCCGCCAACCCAUACGCCAUCACCGUGUUUGAGAACACAGAGCCUGGGACGCUGCUGACCAGGGUGCAGGCCACGGAUGCGGAUGCAGGACUGAAUCAGAAGAUCUCCUACUCCCUGAUCGACUCGGCUGAUGGGCAGUUCUCCAUUAGUGAAUUAUCUGGAAUCAUUCAGUUAGAAAAGCCCUUGGAUAGAGAACAGCAGGCCGUGUACACCCUGACUUUGAAAGCCACGGAUCAAGGUUUGCCAAGGAGGUUGACUGCAACGGGCACUGUCGUUGUGUCGGUUUUGGACAUAAAUGACAACCCACCUGUGUUCGAAUACCGUGAAUACGGUGCCACCGUGUCUGAGGACAUUCUCAUCGGAGUAGAAGUUCUUCAAGUGUAUGCGGCCAGCCGGGAUAUUGAAGCCAAUGCAGAAAUCACUUACUCGAUAAUAAGUGGAAAUGAACAUGGAAAAUUCAGCAUAGAUUCUAAAACAGGGGCCAUAUUUAUCAUUGAGAAUCUGGAUUAUGAAAGCUCUCAUGAAUAUUACCUGACUGUCGAGGCCACUGACGGAGGCACGCCUUCCUUAAGUGACGUUGCAACCGUGAGCAUUAAUGUAACCGAUAUCAAUGACAACUCCCCUGUGUUCAGUCAAGACACCUACACGGCAGUGAUCAGUGAGGACGCCCUUCUCGAGCAGUCUGUCAUCACGGUUAUGGCUGAUGACGCCGAUGGACCUUCAAACAGCCACAUCCGCUAUUCGAUUAUAGAUGGUAACCAAGGAAGUCCGUUUACCAUUGACCCUACCAGGGGAGAAGUGAAAGUGACCAAGCUUCUGGACCGGGAAACAAUUUCAGGUUACACACUGACGGUUCAGGCAUCUGACAACGGCAGUCCGCCCCGGGUCAACACGACCACCGUGAACAUCGACGUUUCGGAUGUCAACGACAAUGCCCCGGUCUUCUCCAAGGAAAACUACAGCGUCAUCAUCCAGGAAAAUAAGCCGGUGGGUUUCAGCGUGCUGCAGCUGGUUGUGACCGACAGGGACUCCUCGCAUAAUGGCCCGCCCUUCUUCUUUACUGUCGUGAGUGGGAAUGAGGAUGGGGCCUUUGAAGUAAACCAGCAAGGGGUCCUGCUGACGUCAGCUGCCAUAAAGAGGAAGGAGAAAGAUCGUUACCUCCUGCACGUUAAGGUGGCAGAUAAUGGAAAGCCUCCGUUGUCAUCUUUGACAUAUGUUGACAUCCGGGUCAUUGAGGAGAGCGUCUAUCCGCCUGCAAUCUUGCCACUAGAGAUUUUCAUUACGGCUUUUGGAGAGGAAUACUCAGGUGGUGUCAUUGGGAAGAUUCAUGCCACAGACCAAGACGUGUAUGACACUUUAACCUACAGUCUGGAUCCCCAAAUGGACAAGCUCUUCUCGGUUUCCAGCACCGGCGGUAAGCUGAUAGCCCACAAAAAGCUGGACGUGGGGCAGUACCUCCUCAACGUCAGCGUCACCGACGGGAGAUUUACGACGGUGGCGGACAUCACUGUGCACAUCCGGCAGGUGACACAGGAGAUGCUGAACCACAGCAUCACACUCCGCUUUGCCAAUCUCACUCCGGAGGAGUUUGUUGGGGACUACUGGCGCAACUUCCAGCGGGCUUUGCGGAACAUCUUGGGGGUGAGGAGGAAUGACGUACAGAUGGUCAGUUUGCAGCCCUCUGAGCCUCCUCCACAUCUGGAUGUCCUGCUUUUUGUGGAGAAAUCGGGUAGCGCCCCCAUUUCAACCAAGCAGCUCCUGCACAAGAUUAAUUCUUCUGUGACGGAUAUUGAGGAAAUCAUUGGUGUCAGAAUACUGGACGUAUUCCAGAAGCUCUGUGCAGGACUGGAUUGCCCAUGGAAAUUCUGUGACGAGAAGGUGACCAUGGAUGAAAACAUCAUGUCAACACAUAGCACGGCCAGACUGAGUUUUGUGACCCCGCGCCACCACCGAACAGCCGUGUGUCUCUGCACAGAGGGAAAAUGCCCACUUGUCCAUCGUGGAUGUGAAGACAGUCCGUGCCCUGAGGGAUCUGAGUGUGUCCUGGAUCCAGGAGACAACAGAUACUCCUGCGUCUGCCCGGGUGGCAAGUUUGGUCCAUGCCCGGGGAGUUCAUCGGUCACAUUUACUGGAAACAGCUUUGUGAAGUACCGUCUAAUGGAAAAUGAAAACAGACUGGAGAUGAAGCUGACCAUGAGACUCAGAACGUACUCCGCUCACGCGGUCGUGAUGUACGCCCGCGGGACUGACUACAGCAUCUUAGAGAUUCAUAAUGGAAGGCUGCAGUACAAGUUUGACUGUGGAAGUGGUCCUGGCAUCGUGUCUGUUCAGAGCAUUCAAGUCAACGAUGGGCUGUGGCAUGCCGUGUCUCUAGAAGUGAAUGGAAACUAUGCUAGGUUGGUUCUAGACCAAGUUCAUACUGCAUCAGGCACAGCCCCCGGGACCCUGAAAACCCUAAACCUGGAUAACCAUGUGUUUUUUGGUGGCCACAUCCGUCAGCAAGGCACCAGGCACGGGAGAAGCCCCCAAGUCGGGAACGGUUUCCGGGGCUGUAUGGACUCCAUCUAUUUGAACGGGCAGGAGCUCCCUCUGAAUAACAAACCGAGAAGCUAUGCACACAUCGAAGAAUGGGUGGACGUCUCUCCCGGGUGCUUACUAACAGCUACUGCAGACUGCUCCGGCAACCCUUGCCAGAACGGGGGCGUCUGCCACCCGUCUGCUGCUGGAGGUUAUUACUGCAAGUGCAGCGCCCUGUACGUUGGGGCGUCCUGUGAGCUGAGUGUUAACCCGUGCUCCUCCAAUCCGUGCCUUUACGGUGGCACAUGCAUCGUGGACAACGGGGACUUUGUGUGUCAGUGCAGAGGCUUAUACACCGGUCAGAGGUGCCAGCUUAGCCCCUACUGCAAGGAUGAGCCCUGCAAAAACGGGGGCACGUGCUUUGACAGUUUGGAUGGUGCUGUCUGCCAGUGUGAUUCGGGUUUUAGGGGAGAAAGAUGUCAGAGUGACGUUGAUGAGUGUGCCGCCAGCCCCUGUCGCAACGGGGCGCUGUGUGAGAACACGCACGGCUCCUACCACUGCAACUGCAGCCGUGAGUACCGGGGCCGACACUGUGAGGACGCCACGCCCAAUCAGUACGUGUCCACUCCGUGGAACAUCGGCCUGGCCGAGGGGAUAGGCAUUCUCGUCUUUAUAACGGGGAUCUUCCUGCUGGUGGGGCUGUUUGUCCUCUGCCGCAAGAUAGUCAGUCGGAAGAAGAAGCACCAGGCCGAACCCGAAGACAAGCACCUGGGCCCCGGCGCCGCUUUUUUGCAAAGACCGUAUUUUGAUGCCAAGCUCAAUAAGAACAUUUACUCAGACAUACCACCCCAGGUGCCUGUCCGUCCUAUCUCCUACACUCCAAGCAUUCCAAGCGACUCUAGGAACAACCUGGACCGCAAUUCCUUUGAAGGAUCUGCCAUCCCGGAGCAUCCGGAGUUCAGCACCUUUAACCCCGAGGCUGUGCACGGACACCGGAAAGCCGUGGCCGUCUGCAGCGUGGCUCCAAACUUGCCGCCCCCGCCGCCCUCAAACUCCCCAUCGGACAGUGACUCCAUACAGAAGCCCAGCUGGGACUUCGACUACGACACUAAAGUCGUGGACCUCGAUCCCUGUCUGUCCAAGAAGCCCCUGGAGGAAAAGCCUUCGCAUCCAUACAGCGCCCGGGAGAGCCUGUCAGAGGUGCAGUCCCUCAGCUCCUUCCAGUCUGAGUCCUGCGAUGACAAUGAGUCUUUGGCUGCUCCUGACCUCAGCAAAUCAAGAGGCUAUCACUGGGAUACGUCGGAUUGGAUGCCGAGCGUUCCUCUGCCUGAUAUACAAGAAUUUCCCAAUUACGAGGUCAUUGACGAGCAGACCCCACUCUACUCAGCAGAUCCGAAUGCCAUCGACACAGACUAUUACCCCGGAGGCUACGACAUCGAGAGCGAUUUCCCACCGCCACCAGAAGACUUCCCCGCGCCUGACGAACUGCCGCCCUUGCCUCCGGAAUUCAGCGACCAGUUCGAGUCCAUACACCCUCCCAGAGACAUGCCCGCUGCGGGCAGUCUGGGCUCCUCCUCGCGAAACCGGCAGAGGUUCCACUUGAAUCAGUAUCUGCCCAAUUUCUACCCCGUCGAUAUGUCUGAACCUCAAAAACCAGGCGCCGGCGAGAACAGUCCGUGCAGAGAACCCUAUGCCCCCUUCCCUCCAGGGUACCCCAGAAACUUUGAAGCCCCGCCCGCAGAAACCAUGCCCCUGUCCGUGUACGCCUCCGCGGCCUCCUGCUCUGACGUGUCGGCGUGCUGUGACGUGGAGUCGGAGGUCAUGAUGAGUGACUACGAGAGCGGGGAGGACGGUCACUUCGAGGAGGUGACGGUGCCCCCGCUGGAUGCGCAGCAACACACGCAGGUGUGACGCUCAGCCUCCCCCCAAAGUGCCUGGACCUGAACAAACCUGGAGCUGGUUCUGUACGUGAUCUUGCGCAUCGUUCUCCGCAGCAGUGCUUCAGCGCUUUUCCUUCCUUUCUUCUUUUUGGGUGAGCUACGAUGGGCAUGGCUGCACUGAGUCACGCACCUCUGGACAAGUUCGCCAUUUCCGGUGUCCGAACCCACUGUCACGGGAGGAGGUUUCCUUUGGCCGUGCCGUUUCCGAACCUCUGUCUGCAUUUACAUGUGUCUGUUAAAAUAAUGAAACAAAAAAUCAGUCCUAUCACCUUGUUAGCAUGAUUCAUGUAUUUAUAUAGAUUUGUUCUUU